AUGGCGUCUGAAACCACUCUCGAGCGGCAAUUGCCCGACGUACCUUCCCAAGGGAGUAUCCAUUCCCCUCAGCAAUCGAGACCAAUGGAGGAACUUGAGCUUGAAGAGGAGCAGAAUGAUCCCAACGCAGAGGCCAUCACGUACCCUUCGGGACCAAAAUUAUGGUCGACAAUGGCUUCACUUUGUAUCGCAUGCUUUCUCAGCGGACUCGAUAUCACCAUCGUCGCGGUGGCUGUACCAAGCCUUACCGACCAAUUCGAGACUAUCGCAGAUAUCGGAUGGUACUCAGCUGCCUAUGGUAUGGCGUUGAGUGCCUUUGUCUUCUUCUUUGGCCAAAUAUACACCCUAUUCCCAGUCAAGCCUAUCUUCCUCGCCGGUCUCGUAAUAUUCGAGACAGGUUCUCUUGUCUGCACACUCGCGCCGACAUCUGCAAUCUUCAUCCUUGGACGUGCCAUCACUGGACUUGGUCGCGGCGCAAUCAAUGGGGGCCUUUUCAAACUCCUACGCCACUGCUUCCCUCUUGAGCAACAAGGUCUCAUGAAUAGCAUUAUUGGUGCAGUGCAGAGUGCGGGGCUGGUCUCUGCGCCCACCAUUGGGGGUGCGUUGAUUGAUGCCCUCUCCUGGAGGGCAUGUUUUGGUAUCAACCUGCCGUUGGGAGUCAUCUGUAUCUUACUAACGGCAUAUGGGGUCCACGAUCCCGUUGCCAACCAGGCUGAGACUCUAACGCUGAAAGAGAAGAUUAAGAAAAUCAAUGUUCUAGGCACAGUACUGGUCGUGCCCGCUAUUACCAGCCUUCUGAUGGCCCUGCAAUGGGGAGGGCUCAAGUACGGUUGGGGCAGCUGGCGGAUCAUCCUGUUGCUUGUCUCUUGUGUUGUGUUGUUUGCGGCCUUUGGCUAUUUACAGCACCGCCAAGGUGAACGCGCCAUUGUGCCGCCAAGAAUCUGGAAGCAGAGAAGUAUCCUUGCUGGUAUGUGGUUCUCGGCAUGCUCUGAGGGCAUCCUUGCGGUCACCGAGUACUACAUGUCCAUCUAUUUCCAGGGAGUUCGAGGCUAUACAGCUACCAAGUCGGGGAUUCUCGCUCUUCCCAUGGUUGGCGGUUUAGCCAUAGCACUCGUUGUUUCUGGUGUUGGCACAACUUUGUUUGGGUACUACUACCCAUUCAUGUUGGCUACGAGCGUUCUAGCUCCGAUUGCAUCUGGUCUCCUCACCACCCUUGACCUAAAGGAACACAUCGGCAAAGCAGUUGCACUUCUCGCCUUUCUUGGUGCAGCGGUAGGUCUUGGCAUUCAAGGCCCUCAGAUUGCGCUGCAGACUGUGCUAUCCAUUGAUGACGUCUCUUCCGGUGGCGCAGUUCUCAACUUUGGGUCCGGUAUGGGCUCUGCGCUAUGGAUAUGCGCUUCGGCGACGCUAUUCCAGGGUCGUCUUUAUGACGAAAUACACGCCUCCUCGCCGGGCACAAACGUCACAGUAGUCACGGAGGCAGGACUUUCGAGAUUGCGCGAAUUGAUUGGACCAGAAAAGCUAGGCAGUGUGCUGGCUGGAUACGAGAAUGCUGUUAUACAGACAUUGUAUAUCCCGUUAGGUCUUGCACUGCUUACAGCUGUUGGGUCUCUCGCUACAGAGAGGAAGUCGAUUAAGAAGAAGCAGUCUUAG